GUUGUGUGGCUGCUAGCAUGAAAGAUGUCAACAGCAAAGAGAAAACUGGCUACUAAAGGAGCUCAGUGCUUUGCUAUUAACUGUCUUUCCUAUCGUAACCAGGACAGCAAGGCAAAGGGAAUCACAUUCCACAAGUUUCCAGACAAAGAUAAGAAGCCACAGCUGUACCAGGCAUGGGUUAGAAAUUGCAGGAGAGAUACAGAGCCAUCACCGCAUGCUCGUAUAUGCAGUAAACAUUUCCAGGCAAAGUACAUCAGUAAAACCCUGGAAAGAACCUAUCUAGCAGAAGAUGCUGUUCCUGAUGUCUUUGAGCUGCCAGAACAUCUCAAGGCUGGGUUGUACGGAAGGCUUUGGAGGGCCUUGUCUGUGACACCUGUCGCGAGUGCCUUGUGGCAACGGUUCCAUCUGUCCGUUUCAAGCAGGCCUUCAUGCUGCUCAGUAUUAAAAACCUUGGAGGACUGCAGAUCCCCUCAGAUGACUAAUUUCAGAUGUUGUGGUAGUGGUGCUGUCUGCUGAAAGACAUCUUCGUCUGCUGUAUGACCCGAAGAAAGUCACAGUAACUGCAUCAGAGCUACGUCUUCAAACCCACGUGUUAAAAGAUGUAGGCACUGAUCUGUUCGACUUGAGUUCUCAUGCAGUUGCGACAGCUGAAGGUCUUGACAACCACUACUACGACCUCAUCAGGCUACUGGUCCACAUCUAUUACAACGUCCGUCUCCAUCACAUGGCACGCCUGCAGAACCUAUGGCUCCAGGGUAAAAGCAUUCGGCAAAAAUAUAACAAAGUUGUCCUUUUCAAAGGACAGUAGUUGUCAGCUAAGUCAGUACUGGAUGAUCAUAAUUUAGUUUUGAGCUGAUGGUACCUAUCCUUUUUUUCCCACAUUAAGUGGCUUUUAGGCCUACGCUAUAUUGUACAUGUAUGUAUGGUAAAUGGUGAUUGUGGAGAACUGCAUUGUAUAAUUUUUAGGCAGUUAUAGCUUACAAACCUCAAACUUGUAUAUACCUACAUUUUGUCCCACAUUAGGUGGUUUUUGGCCUAGGCAAUCAGCUUUUGAAAUGUAUGUAAACGUGUAUGAGUGUUAGUUACAAACCUUGCAUAAUUGUAAUAAACUUUGAGCUGUAAAUACAAAAGAAGCUAGUGUACGCUGUACAGUAGCAAAUUCUGUCAAAAUAUCUGUAUGGAGCCUUG